CUGUGCUUGUUGAGCAGCCAUUUUGGAAGUUUGUGGAAGGCAGAUAUUUUAUGAUAGCAUUUGUUGUCCUGUUGUGAUAUUUUUCACAAUGACUGCCCACGAUCAAAUUAGGGCUAUGCUUGAUGAGCUAAUGGGCACAUCUAGAGAUGGGAACAUUGUAAUGCGGGCUUAUCCAGAAGGUUAAAUGCAAAGGUGGUGAAUGGCCAAGUCGUGGGAGAAAAGAGACGACUGCUCUUAAUAUGUGUAAGCCAGCUGCAUGUAGACGAAAGACAAGUGAACAGAACUUGCUCUAUUUCGCAGAGAAAAAGACAGGUAUCGGGUGAAGUUUGACGACCCUCGGGUAUGUAAGAGCUUCCUGCUUGGCUGCUGUCCCCAUGAUAUCCUUGCGAGUACGAGGAUGGACUUGGGUGAGUGUUCGAGGAUCCACGACUUGGCUCUCAGGGCCGAUUAUGAGCAAGCAGCCAGAAACAAGGAUUACUUCUACGACAUUGAUGCCAUGGAGCAUCUGCUGAGUUUCAUUGGAGAGUGUGACCGCAAGACAGAGCUUGCUAAGAGACGUUUGAAGGAAACCCAAGAAGAGCUUAGUGAGGAGGCCAAUGCUAAGGCUGAAAUGAUUCACCAGCUUGGUGAACAGAUGGGUACAAAACUGGCAAAGGCUGAGCUGGCUGGGGCACAAGGAUUGGUAGAGGAAUCACUCAAGCUGAUGAAGGAAGUUGAAGAUCUCAAAGUGAAGAAAAGUCUGGCAGAGACUGAUUUUCGCAACUCCAUGCCAGCGUCUAGCUAUCAACAACAGAAACUGCGUGUUUGUGAAGUCUGUGGUGCCUAUCUUGGUAUCCAUGACAAUGAUCGGCGUUUGGCUGAUCACUUUGGUGGCAAGCUGCAUCUUGGUUUUAUCACCAUCAGAGAAAAACUGGAAGACUUGAAGCAACUAGUAGCAGAUAGAAAGAGUCAGAGAGAUAAAGAGCGUGAGGAGAUGAGAAAGGAGAGAGAUGAGCGUCUUGCUGUCCGAGAAAAGGAAGAGGAGAUUCACCGAAGCAGCAAAGCCAAGACGAGAAGUCGUAGUAGAGAAAAACGUCGCAGAAGUAGAAGUCGAAGUAGGAGGUCAAGAUCCCGGUCAAGAGACAGACGGUCAAAAAAGCACUCGAGGCGAUCUAGGUCUCGCUCUAGAAGAUCACGGUCGAGAUCAAGGCGCAGACGGUCGCGGUCCAGAUCUCAUUCUCGGCGAUCACGAAGUCGAAGAUCAAGAUCCCAGAGCCGGACAAAGAGGUCACGGUCACGUAGUAGAACUAAACGGUCGAGAUCGCGUGAUCGGUCCAGUCGAAAGACCAAGAGAAAAUCAUGGAGUAGGUCGAGAUCUCGCAGUCGAUCUAGACACCGACGCAGCAAGGACAAGAAAGCUGUACGGACACACAAUUCAGAUUCAAGUGAUGCAGAGGCUGAUCGACGUGGACAAGAGGACAAAGUAGAAACCACAGACCCUGUUGAUGGCAGCAAUGGAGAAAUAAAUUGAUUGGUUAGCUAUAACUAAUUGGUUACCGUCAUCUUUUUUCUUUUGCAUUAAGUACAUUGUUUAUAUUUAAUAUUCAAGACUUCGUAUGCAUGGAUUUUGACAGAUAACACUGUAUUCUUACAAAGUAUUAUUGAAGUAAAAUGUAAGAGUAUAUGAAGUAACAGAUACAUGUCUUAAAAUGUAUUACUGGAAUUAAAUGUAAGAAUAUAUAUUAUGUAAAUGAUAAUGGUUUGUCAUACUGAAAGAUUAUUUCUUUUUGUGUGUUUAACGAAUCCAGAAUAAGAAUUGUACAUGUUACUCAGGUUUUGACGACUUCAUUUUGUGUCAUAAUAUAAUCAAAGAAGAAGUUUAUAGUUCAUAUUUCUGUCAGUAUUUCAUGAAUUAUAUGUCCACCCUUUGAAAUAUUUGGCUUUAAGUAAUAGUUUAGCCAUGUUCAUCUGUCUGGUUUGACACUUGUCAGUGGUGGGUAUCUGUGUUAUUUGAGAAGUGACUUCAUUGUAAAGCAUAAGCAGACUCUUUAAAUGGAUAGUAUUAGGUUUUUAGCAUUGAGUGGUUUAGCAAAUAUGUUCACUGUUGAAUUGACAAACGUAUUCAAAAAUGUAUACUUGUACAUGAAAUUUAAGUGUCAUUUCGGAGAUUAUCAACAGCCGAAACCCUGCUUAAUCAAUUGGUGUUGAUUACAAAUACUUUUAUUGACCCAUUAACUAUUGUUAUGUAUUGUGAUCUCCGAGAUAAAUUAUUACAUUUCAAACGUCCAAUUUGCAUGUGUAGGUAGUUGACAUUGUAGCUUUUAGGAUUAGUUUUCCAGCUAGAUAAUUUGACCAAAACCUUCAGUUUCAUAAUAGUUUAGGGUGUUUUUUCAUCUUUAAAGAUAGUAUAGUUAUAACAAACACAUUCUGUCCGUCAGGUAUUUCUUUGUUACAUUUCAGAGUUGUAAUCAACUGUUCACUUGUCAAACAUUACAGUUGUAUCAACUUGAUAUUCAAAAAUAUUUUUUUGGAACCCAAAAUAUUUGUGAUGAUUUUUUAUUGACUAAAUAGGGAAUGGUGAAUGGUGGCGGUGUCAUAAAUUAAUGCAUAAUAACUGGCGUACAUUUUUAGAGAUGAAAAAUUGCUGUGAUUAUUAUAUAUAUUUUUUAAUGUAUAAAGAAUUAUGGAACGGGUGUUGUACCACAACAUGCAAUCAUUUUCACAUUGGUGUUUGAGAUAACUAUUACAUUAAGAAUGAAAUCAUUUCUUCAGCUGUCAAUAAAUUGUUUGCUAAUUGAUUUCAUAGUGCUAUGUGUGAAUCACUCGUUUUUGUGCAGUCUUUAUUCAGUUCAUGUUUUGACUGCAUUUAAAUCAAAUGUGGAUAAACAGUUUGUUCUGGUUAAUGUAUUGCAAACAUUGAGAUGACAGAUCAUUGGUAUCUGUUUAACAUCAGCAAAUGCUAUCUAAUGAAUCGUUUUAUAUUUUAUAAUGGCUGGAUAAGAGGCAUUUUUUAAUGGAAGUCAAGACAAUUUCCUAAAUUACACUGAUGAUAGAAUGUAACGUGAUUUCAUAAGCGAGGUAAUAUUUUUUUUUUUUUUUUUUUUUUUUUUUUUUUUUGACACAGUACAUUGUGUCCUUAACUUGUAAGUUUCAGGUUCAAACUUAAGUCGAUAUAAAAUAGGUACCCUUAGAAUUCGUUUUAUACUAAAUGGAAUAUUUAAAGAUUUUCAAUCUGUAUCUGUACAGCAGUAAUCUUGGAUGAAGUACAGACCAUUUGCAAUAAAAUCAAACAACUUGUGGAGAGGCCUUAAUAUAGGCUUCUGCUUGUUGGCUUACCAGCGUACAGCAUUCAUUUCAUAUUAUUUCAGAGCAGAUCAAUGCUGUCAGUUUUAUUGAAUACAUCCGGUUUUAGAUCUGCUUGCUGUGCUUUUAAACUAUAAGGAAUCAAAUUUGAAAGUUUUUACACUUGACACCAUAAACUGCAUUUGACUGAAAUUGGGUCUUAAAGUUUUACCUUAAAUGGUUUGUAAGCACAGUAUUGAUUCGAAGUUCAGUUUGUCAUCUUUGAAGAAGUUUCAUUUCAAUAAAGCUAUUUCAGUAACGACUCUUCAUUUUUCAUCUUGGUAGUUUCUAAAACCAUAUUCUCGUCAAAAGCAAGCUUUGAAAUUGAAUGUCAGCAGUUUACCCAUUAGGUUAUUGUAAUUCCAUUUUAUUUGAUUGUGUGAUUUUGGUAUGUUGGUUGAAACCAGCUGUGUUUGUACGUUUUAAACUUUUAUCUGAUUAAAAGAAAUUAAACAUC